CGGCGGCGGCGGCGGCUGUGGCUGCGGCGGGAGUGGCGGGCGGCCGCGGCGGCGGGAUGCAGGCGCGCGCGGCGGCCGAGAACGGGCGGGACGCCGUGCGGGAGCGGCGCGGCGCGGGGGACGCCGCCGGGGGGCCGCAGCAGAACCACGACGCGCGGCCGCGCGCCGGGGCGCCGCCGUGCCCGAAGCACUCGUACUGGCUGGAUCUGUGGCUCUUCAUCCUCUUCGACCUGGCGCUGUUCCUCUUGGUGUAUUUCCUGCCCUCGUGAGCCCCCCGCGGGCGCCGCCGGAGGGGCGAGGAGCGCGAGUGGUUUGCCUGCUACCUAAAUUAAGAAGUUGCCUUCUGGAGUAGAUUCUGAAAAUGAGGCUACAAACUUCAACAUAGAAGACAAACAAGAUUGUAAAACAAGUUCAGACUUCUGAAGGACUUUUCAUUUUCUAUAACGUUACUCAUUUGGGGACUGUAUUGAAUGGCUAAUGAUCUUAUUUAUAGCUAACUUACUAAAACUGGACUGUGACUUAUAUUUAAAACUUCUUCACACACUUGAUGGCUUUACUGAAUAUAAAACCAUAAAGGUUUAGUUAUCUUUAAGAAAAGCAGUUAAUAAAGUAACAUUGCAAGUGUAAAACAAAAUGGAAAAUCCAUAUUUACCUCAAGUGAAAGCUAAUACGGGGAGGGGGAGAAAAAUAACAUUUUCAGGGUGGGCCAGUGUUCUAUCAUGCACAGAUGGUAAAAUAAUAAAGGGGAGAAUUCUGAGUUAAAACAAGCAGUCUCCAGUGUAAGUCCCAUUCUUUUACAGUUGCCAGGUGGGUAAGAUCUGAAGGCAGCACCUAAUACCCAGUGUGGAGAGCUAGAUUGUCCUUUGACACUUCCUCUCCUUCCCUUUAAACUCUUGAAUUUGCUAAAAUAGGUUGUUUCAAGCCUAUUAUUAUGGUUGCAUUAAGAAUGUUUGCAAGCGUAACAGGCAUUUUUGUCUGUAACUCGAAUACUGCAGCGAAGUAGCAUAUUUAUUCCUUCAGCAGCUAUUUGCACAUUACGGGUCCAUGACAGCAGGGAACAGAACAGACUGAAACCAUUCCUUCAUUGAGCUGACGUUAGUUAGUAUGAACUUACAUCCUAGGACUUAAUCAUUUUCAGUCAGAGGUUGCACUCCCAAAUCUAAUGCUUCUACCCUGUGAGAAGGUACUCCUGUUUUAUAAUAGCUACUCUUUAUAGAUCAGAAUUGGACUCACUGAAAUUGGUGCCAUUGGACAUAAAUAAGGUGUCUAAAUUAUUUUGGGGAUAAUCCCUCCCUUGGAAAAGGGCACGGGCAUGGUAAACAGUACAUCCUCUGCCUUUGAGGAAUGGCAUUUAGGAUUAGAAUGAAAUCUUAGGGACUGAUUUAAGAUUAUUUUAUUUGUCUAAUGCCAACUACAAGAUUAAUGAUACCCCUUAGGGUGUUGCCUCUCUCUUUAGAUAACCAGUUAUACAAAAAUUGAAUCAAAUAGAGAAACAACUGAAAUUUCAUUGAGAAUAUCAGAUUGUAUACACUUUGUCUAAUAAAUGUUUGUUAUAGAGCUUAA